UAUAUAUAAUGCAUUGCAUUGGUUCUGGCUUAGCUGAACAGACGGUUCAAACAACUUUAACAACAUGCACGGUUUCAGUGUGUUGCUGUUGCUCUCCGCUUUGACUGCAGUUGGCAUGGCUAACAUGAAUGGACCACCUCCGAGCAUGGAGCAAAUGAUGGACAUGCCUAUGGAACAAUUUAUGAGUAUGAUGUCGGAUCGUAUGGAAGCCAUUAGACCUAAAUUACGAACCAAGAUGUACAACAAGAUGCAGCAAGACGAACUAGGCAAAAAAAUGUUGCAACUUGGUCGAAGCGUUCGUGAAGUGAUGCAUUCUGCGAUGGAGAGGAUGGAGAAGUGUGCGAGAGAGCACUAAUGGAGUCAAGUUCUACGUAACGUUGUGUCACAUCGCUAAUGCCAAAUAAAUCAAGUUGCACUGUCAUUUUUUGUGUGUUGAAUCAUUACAAGCCACCUG